CUCACAGCCCGCUGCCUGCAGGGCCGCGCCGUGCGGGCUGCCCUGGCACGCCCCCCCACGCCCAGGCACUCAGGCGGGGGCACACUGGCGCCCAUGGCCCGCGGAGGCGCCGUGGUGGCCCGCGGCAAGGUGUUCGUUGGGCCGCGGGCGGGCCACGGGCAGCAGCAGCGGGGGCAGGGCGCGGGGACGGGGCGUGAUGGUUCCAGGAGGUAAUUGUGGGCGUGCCUGUGCGUGUCACGUCAAGGCAGAGCCGCUGUCCUGAGGGGUGGGGCUGAGGGGUGGCGGGGGUGACGCCGCCACAGGGGCCCCGGGGCAGGGCACAAGGCCGAAGGAAACAUGGAGGUGGAGGAGGCGGUGGAGGUGGGAGAAGAAAUGUUGCCCCAGAGCAAGAAAAUUCGUCUUCUGGUGGCAUCAGAUAGUGAGAAAGCCCGAAGCAGCAAGGUGGAUGUGAAUGCCAGUGAGCAGACAGCCAGUGUAUUGCUCUACAGCAGCAGUGGCCAGCUGGUUCGGGCUGAGAUAGUGGUGGACACCCUGAACGACAACAUUGUCACUGUACCAAUUGAAACAGACCUUAACAAAAGAGGCAAGCUUCUUCCACACUCCGACGAUGGCUCUGAGGUGCUAAGGAUGCUUGAGACACCUGGACAAACCCCAAAGAAGCUGAAGAGCAGUCCAGUCCUGGUGGUGCGGACAGUGCAGAACUCGGCAACCCAGAGCGAUGGUGUUGUGACCAAGCUUAUCACACCAACUGGGCACACCAGACAAAAACAAGUAUUUGUAGAUCCCACUGCCAAAAGCCUUGCACAGUCUGAGGUGACACCCAGAACACAGUCCAAAGCAAGUGCCUUGUGCACCAAGGUAGUAAUUGCUACAGAGACACAGCAGAGUUCCUCCCAAGAAAAUCUUCCCCCCCUCAGCAAAGCAGCAGUGCCAGUUGUGGUGAAGGCUGAGCUCUCGCAGUUCUCAGAAGGAAACCUACCAGACUUCACGAGUGCCAUAGACAAAGCUGCUUCCCAGGGAGUCAUUGAAGAUGAUGGGUCGGGCAGUCCACAGACGGUGAUGAUGCGUCUCAACAGCCUUGAGGGUCUCGAGCUGGACCCUGUCUUCCUGACCUCUGAAACCUUAACUGAGGCUCAAUCAGAGAGUGAAAUUAACAAGAGUGAAAGUCUUGGAGUUGGGCAGGUUCAGGUAGACCUCCAACCUUCUUCAGCAAGUCAGGUGGAGGUGAACAAUGGAAAUGUCAACCAAAGUUGGUUCACUUCUCGGGAAGACAAGGCAAUGCUGCGGUGGCAAGGACAUGCCUGGCGCCAGGGCAUGUGGUCCCGGGAAGAGACAGAUCUGCUGCAGCAUAAUAUUGAGCAGUACUGUGCCCAGCGAGGCUUGUCUGACCCAGGCUCAGUCAUAUUCAAGAUGUCCAAGGAGGAGCGCAGUGGCUUUUACAGGGUGAUAGCAAGGGGUCUCAACCGACCUCUUUUCUCUAUCUACCGUAGGGUUAUCAGACUAUAUGACAACCACAACCACAUCGGAAAGUACUCAUCAGAGGAGGUGAGCAAGCUAAGGGAACUUCAUAUGAAGCAUGGCAACAACUGGCAGGCCAUUGCUGCCCACCUGGGCAGGUCAGCAGCCUCUGUCAAGGAUCGUUGCCGACUCCUCAAUGAGCGCUGCAACCGUGGCACCUGGUCCACUGACGAAGAGGACAGACUGGCAGCCGCAGUGUAUGACCUGGCCCAAGUGCUGCCUGGCGAACAGGUCACGAGUGGAAUCUCUUGGGGGGAGGUCGCCAGUAGGGUGCGGACGCGUUCCGAGAAGCAGUGCCGCACAAAGUGGCUCAACUACCUCAACUGGAAGCGAACAUCCGGGGUGGAGUGGAGUAAGGCAGAUGAUGUACAGCUCAUUUGCAGGUUGAGUGUGUGUGGAGCUGGAGAUGAGUCGCAGGUGGACUGGACAGCACUAGCCAGAGUCUGGCCUGCAUGUCGAUCCCCUCACUGGCUCCGGGGCAAGUGGUGGAACCUCAAGAGACGCCUCCCGCCUUCUGUCCAGGAGAUGGGACUUGGAGAUAUGUGUCAGCACCUGUACAACCUGCAGCCUCUCAGCCUUCUGCAGUCCACCUUGGUAGAGCUUCCAGCUACCUUCCUUAACUCCCUGGCCCCUUCAUCCCCCACCAGCUCCUCCAGCCCCACAUUGUCUAGCCAUUCAGGCAAAGUAACAUCCCCUCUCAGAUCUGCCCAGCAGGACUGUGUAGACCUUGCAGUGGGCACCAUAAAACUCUGUAUACCUGCUGCCAAUUUUUCCAACAUCAUUAACUCAGAUGACAACGAGGAAGACUUCCAUUCAAAGCUCAAUGGUCUGGUACAGAGUGCACUGUUAGCCCACAGUGUGCAAGUCCGUAGCUGUGAUUCUGCCUCAACUGUAAUUGAGUCAGAGUCUCCAGACACAUCACAGAAUCAGCAAGACUUCCUGAAUACAUCAGCUCAGCUGACUCGCUCAUUAGCAUCCAGUUCACCUCUAUCUGACAAGAACUCUCAUGCUAUUGUUGUUGAAGCAGUAGAGGAUUCACUACCAGUUCAGUUAUCACCGGUGUCCAGAGUGGGAGUGAGUCGAGCCUCUCUCUUGAGUCAAGGUGGCCUUGGAGGAGUGAAGGAAGAAGACAUUCUGAGCGACAGUGAAGGAGGACACACCACCACCCUGGACCCUUCCUCCCCUGUGGUCACAUCCAAGCUCAUCCUAAAUGACCCAAUUUUGUCUGUGUCUGGGGAGCCUCUUGGGGGUGAGGAAGGGCUGCAAACUGACCAUGAUGACUCCCACAUCUGCACAGGACUUGCUGGAGACUAGCACACACUUGGUUGCAUUGAGAUGCAUAUCCUUUGCCUGACCAGUGAAAACAAUGCAGGAAUGAGUGAGGGACGGCAGCUGUAGGCAGAAGCCACACCUUACUCUACACUUUCCGGCCACACCCACAAUGCCUGAGAUGGAGCUAUUAGGUUAACAUUUCUGUAUUGUAAUACAAUUAAAAGAAAUUUAUUCUUUCAGCAAGGGAUAUAGGUUGAUAAUGUAUACAUAUUAUAGCCUGAAUGAGAUACGAUUUCUUGGUCUUUACAUGGGCUAAAUAUAAGGUAAUUAUUGUCCAGAGCUCAGGGUAUCCAGGAUUGUUGUGUUCACUGUUAGAUGAGGUGUUGGUGCCUCUCCUGUGUGAGUGCCAUAAGGGACCAAGCACAGGUGUCCCUCAUUGUAUGACAAGGUUAAGCUCUGGAAGUAAUUAUAAUCACUAGGAGUAUUUAUUUGUUGAACAUUUUACAUGUGGCAUGAGUCCAUAACUCGUGAGAAUUUUUAUUUUAGAGAAAUUGUAACUAGAUAUGAGAAUAUAUUUCAUGCAUGAAGUAUAUAUAUAUAUAUAUAUAUUUUUUUCAUCAAUAACACAAUUCAGUAGAUGA